CUCAAAUGCAGCUUGCGGUCACGCUAUCGACGUCACAAAUAAAAUAAUAAUUUGCAUUAAAAAAUGAAGUGCGCGGUGCAUAACUGCACAAACAAAUUCAAGUCGCGUCAAAAACAUUCACAACAAUAUAGCUUUUUUAGCUUUCCAAAGAAUCCAGAAACUUUAAAAAAGUGGUUUUUGUUUUGCCGCAAGAACAGUAAAGACAAACUAAAGAGCUACCUCAAGAGUGUCAUAUGCAAUGAGCACUUUAAAGAGGAAGACAUCCAGGGAGGAUUACAAUUUCAAAUGGGCCUAUGCUCGAAGCGUACACUGAGACCAGGCGCAGUGCCGUGUAUCAAUAAAAAUGAUAUUAGUGAGGCUGAACGUGAAAAGUCGGAGAAACUUAAGAAUCAAAAGCUGGUCGCUGAACUGCUCGAGGAGGCGGAAGCACGUGAGGCAGCCGAGGCCAGUGGAGAAAUUAUAAUUGCCCCAGAUUUUGUGCGCAAUACAGGCAUUGUCUCAGUGCCGGAUUUUGUCAGCGCCACGGGAAAUGCUUUCGUUUCAUUUACGCCCAUGCCUACAGAAGCAGAUCCCUUGGCAGAGGAGCAGGCUGGGCAGCAGUUGAAAAUAGUAGUUGAAGUCAGUCAAAAGGAUGAACUAGCAACACCAUUAAUUGAGCAGCAGAAAUGUCGCACUUGUGGUCGUUGCUUUGUCGCUGAUGAUAAAGCGAAAGAUCUUUGCUGCGAAGAAAAUGCUGUGAUGUUGUAUCACAUUGAAGUCAUAACGGGAAUUUGGAUACAAUGUCCCGAAGAAAUUUCACGCUUCAUGUGCGCCAAUUGCGUGGACAACUUGCGCAUCGCAAUCGAGUUCCGUGAAACUUGUAUUCGCACAGAGCUUCAACUUCAAGGUGGCGACGAUGUGGAUCUUGAUAGCCAAAUUAAAAUGGAGGUGUCUAAUUGCAAGAAUGAGGAGGAAACACAGACGCUUGACAAUAACAACGACAACAGCAGCGAUAUGAAAGCGGAGCAAUAUGUUACAAUACUGUCAGCAGAAGGCGAAAGUGAGCAAGCCACUAUUAUUGUGGAGCCUAUGCCAAAUGCUGUAAUUAGAAAAACGGGUCAGGUGCAACAUCCGGGCUCAGGAGAUUCGAAUAGCAUUGCGUUGGGGGCGCAGAUCUAUGAAGAUCUUUUAAACGAAUACAGAGGUAUGGAUAAGCUGCCGCGGCCCCGCAAAAAGAAGGUAGUAUCAACGCCAACGCCCAUACCAAAGACGCCAGUGAUUAAACAACGAAAGCGCCGAGUUCAGGAAAAGAAACCUAAGCGCACAAAGCGUACGAGAGAAGAGAAAAAUCGCAUUCGUCGUGAACAGAUCAGAGCACUACCACUCAAUCAUGUGUGCGAUCAAUGUGGCGCCUCGUUCCGAGUGCGUUGUAAUCUAACCAUACACAUGCUGCGCCACACGCGCACCAAGAACUAUCCUUGCCCCGAGUGUCCCAAACAAUUCUAUGACGCUUACAUGAGAAACAUGCAUAUCCGUGUCCGGCAUCGCGGCGAACUACCAUUUGUCUGCAACUAUUGCACGAAAGCAUUUAGUUCAUCGAAUACUCGUUAUCUGCAUGAAAAAAACGUUCAUGGAGCAUCGCCACGUAUUCACCGCAAUGUCAAUAAAUUGAAUCAGCGGCUCGAGAUUAAGGAGAAGCCACCGCUGCCAGCACAGGAAUCACAGCCUAAGGAAAAUGUUCGUCAUUAUUGCAACUAUUGUGACAAGAGCUAUGCAACAAAAUAUGCGUUAAAUGGUCAUAUUAAUCUACACUUGGGUCUGACGCCCUUCAAGUGCAAGCUCUGUGAAAUGCGAUUUGCGGAUCCGCAAUCGAAAAAAAAGCAUGAAAUGAGACACGACAGCAAGCGGCCCUUCGAAUGCGAUAUUUGCCUCAAGGGAUUCUAUGUGCGCAGCAAACUGAAAGAGCAUGAGCGCAUUCAUACCGGCGAACGUCCUUACAGGUGCGGCAUUUGUGAUGCAUAUUUUCGGUACAAGUUCAACUUGUAUUCGCAUCAGUUCAGCAAAAUGCACAAGGAUAAUCUGCAAAAGGUAGAAAAAGAGCAGAUUGUAGAAGACUCAAGCUAAAUAGAAAGGGAAUUAGACUAAUAUUUGUAUAUAAUUUAAGUUUAAAAAAAUGCACAAAUGGAAUAGUUUUAUUUUGAUAUGAAUAGAAGUCUCAAAGUGGCACAUCUUAUGAUUCCUUCUGCUUUAA